AUUCCAUAUUCACUACUUGGCCGCCUCGAGCCUGCCCGACGCGUACUCGUCGGCGACGGCGAGUCCCCUCUUGCGGCCACUGCCGCGCCUCCAGCUCCUCUAACACUGUCCAAUCUGAACGCCGAAAAAUAGUUCGCCCGGACCUCGGUUUCCUUUCAGCGGCGAUGACCAAUCUCUCCGCCACGAUUGAGGUCGAGUUCGAGUUGAAAAGUAAAAGAAUCGACUUUGACUACUUGUCGAUCUGAAACUAGUCACACUUCUGGAAGGAAUGUAAGUGGAUAUGCAUGUUUAGCGAUGGGGGUUAAUAGUUGGUAAGAUCAACUAGAAGAAAGACGCGUGCUUCAUGUGCUCGAUAGAAUGCUGCAUUGAACGUAAAAUUACGAUUCCAUACAGUAUUCACGCAAUGUGGAUUGCAGCAAGGGGGCGAGUUCUCCUGAGCUCAUCCUCUUUGCUCCUGAAGGUUGAUGCUUGUCUCGGUCCAGCUUUCAUGCUUAAAGGCAAGUGGGAUGGAAGAAAGAGAUAUUCUGCGGCGAAUUUCAUGCUUGAAGAGUUUGAAAAUGCUAAUGAUAGGACUAGGCAGGGGAUGUCGUUGGCAAAGAGCUUAGCAUGCCUACCUGAUGAAUCUUUGACUUUGCAUAAAGAGAAGCCUCUGAGCAGGAUGGAGCACAAGCGUCUAAUUGAACUUCGAAUCAAGAAGAGGGUGAAAGCACACUUCUUUAAUGGGAAGUAUUAUGAUCUAAUGAACAAAGUCAUUGCUAAUGUUGAUACCCUCUCUGACACUUACGAUAUAAUUAGACUUAACUCUAAUAUCAACAUGACAUCAAAGAAGGACGAUAUUUGUUUCAACUCCUUAGCAGAGCAGCUAGCAACUGGUGAUUUUGAUGUGAAAUUACACACCACAUCAAUUAUAUCAAAGAGCAAGAAGAAGGAGUGUUUGACACUUCCUAAGUUGAAGCUCAAAAUUGUGCAAGAAGCUAUUAGAUUAGUUCUGGAAGUUGUCUACAGACAACAUUUCUCUAAAAUAUCUCAUGGUUGCCGCAGUGGAAGAGGGCAAAGAUCAGCCUUAAACUAUGUUGGGAAGGAGAUUAGUAAUCACAAUUGGUGGUUUACAUUAUUCAUCAACCAAGAAGCUGACCAGCUAAUUCUCUCUAAGAUUCUAUCUGAAAUGAAUGAGAAGAUUGAAGAUUCCAUGCUGUUCAAUUUAAUACAGAAUAUGUUUGAUGCCAAAGUACUUAAUUUGGUGUUUGGUAGUUUCCCAAAGGGCCAUGGCCUUCCUCAGGAGGGAGUCCUCUCGCCCAUUCUGAUGAAUGUAUAUCUGGACAACUUAGAUCAUGUGAUUUUUGAGAUGUGCAUGAGAUAUGAGGGCCUUGGUCUUGAAGAUAGUGUCAACAAAGAUGUCCAAAUUUCAAAGCUUCGCAAUUGGAUGCGUAAACAAAUAAAAGCUAAUGAUGAUAAGAGUGUUAACCAAUUGGGUGAUUGUGUACGGACGAGAAUUUGUGCUUGUAGAUACAUGGAUGAGAUAUUUAUUGCUGUUUCAGGUUCUAAAGAAACAGCCAUGAAAAUAAAGUCUGAAGUAAUAAGUUAUUUGAAGAACACACUUCAUUUAGAUGUAGAAGAUAAAAUGAAUCUCUCAUCAAUCAGAAAGAAUUCACUUGGUGUACAAUUUAUCGGUACAGUGAUCAGGUUGUCUGCUCCAGAAAGUGCUGAAUUGAAAGCAGUUCACAAAUUGAAGGACAAGGUCAAGCUAUUUGCUUCCCAGAAGAAAGAGAUCUGGGAUGCCAUGACACUUAGAAUUGGCAAGAAGUGGCUGGCCCAUGGUUUGAGAAGAAUCAAAGAAUCAGAAAUCAAGCAGCUUGGACUUAGCACUCCAUUGCUAGAUUAUAUUUCACAGUUUCGCAAGGGCGGCAUGGAAACAGAUCAUUGGUUCAAAUCCUUACUCAAAAUUUGGAUGCAAGAUGUGAUUGCCAAAUUAGAAGAUAAUGAGGAGGUGCUCCUCUCUAAGUACAUUGCAGAGCCAGCAGUGCCACAAGAUCUUCGAGAAGCAUUCUACAAUUUCCAGAAGCAGGCUAAGGUGUAUAUUUCAUCUGAGACAGCUGCCACUGUUGAACUAUUGCGUGAUCCUUGCAUAGAACCAAGACUUUCUACAAAAUCCACAACAGUGCUCAGAUUGGAAGUGCCCUUGAAUGCUAUAAAGAAAUGUCUGCAUCGUUAUGGUUUGAUCAAUAUGGAAGGCUUCCCAAUGCAUGUGUCCAAACUUGUGUUACAAGAUGAUGACCUGAUUAUAAGCUGGUUCUCUGGAUUGGUUAAGCGGUGGCUGAGAUGGUAUGAGAAAUUUGAUAACUUUGGGGAUAUUAAGCUCUUGAUGGUGCAUUGCAUUAGGAAGUCUUGUAUUCGAACUAUUGCAGCAAAGUAUAGGAUGUAUGAAGGGUUAAUUGAGAAGAAGUUUGAGUUGGAGCAGUAUGGCAUCCCUUUGACGUUAGAAGAUAUGGACUUCGAUGCUAAUGCUACUACUAAAUUAGAUGAUGAUGAAUACUAUAUGUAUGGGAUUUUAGGUAGUGGAUUAUGUCUCCUGUCUUUGUCAAGAGUGAAAGUGGCAGCUCGAGUGUUCGAUUGUUUUGUAAUGGGAUGCACUAUUCCAUCUCCAAGUCUCUACACGCUUCAUGUGAAGGAGAGGCAAAGGUUUCCUGGAUGGAGGACUGGAUUCUCUUCAUCGAUCCAUCCCAGUUUGAAUGGAAAGCGCAUUGGCUUGUGUAGUCAACAUGUUAAAGAUCUAUAUCUGGGUCAUAUAUCACUGCAAAAUGUUGAGUUUGGUUCUCUGAGUUGAUGUGUGUUUAGAGCCUGAGCCUCUUGUACUCA